GUCGACAGUAUUUAUCGCAGCCGUCGUCCACAUAUGCAUCGUCCACAUAUGCAUCCCCUCUCUUGGUCUUCUUGAAUUCCCGUGGGUGUGCUCAACCAUGAACAGGUCAUGCCCGCGAUCGCUGCCGUCGACUUGCUACAUGCCACAGGCUUCCUUGCCCUGAACAACGACUCAGCCCUAUCAGUAAAUGGAACCACUACUGCGAACAAUACUUCCCCCCUCCAGGUGGUGUGUGCCUGGCCGGUGAGCGGACAGUAUGGCCCAGGAUCCCGAGUCUUGUCAGUUCCCCCACCAUCCACUAUCCUCCCCACUUCCCCAAACUCAAUCGUAACCUUAGUCGAUCACCAGAUUGGCGGGCCAUCGUUAGCGAUGACUAACGUCCACCAUUCAUCAACACCACGUUUAUCGGCACUAACAAGAAGUCUAGAUAUUAUUUGUUGAUUGCCGCAUGUGUGUUUGCCAGAAAGGCAGAAUGGCUCCGCAGUGCCUGCUUGGCGGCAGCGUUACUUUUUCCCACCGUCGCUGCGCUCCAUGCCAUCGUCCUCGCUUCCGUUCAUGUCGAUGGAGCCGUUGAUAUGGAUGUCUAUGGUGCCUUCCAAUUAUGUUCCAUAGGCAUAUUGGCUGCUCCAGUUACCGUCAAACUCUCCCGGACGUAUUUCUUCGAUCCAGGAAGAAACAUCAUUUUUGUGUGGACCAUCCUGAUUCUGGCUGGUGAGGAGCCUCUUCACUUCCCCGUCCCUUGACGGUAUGCAUCCGAUGAAUCAUCCUCAACUAACUUUGCCCAGGUCUCCUAGGUUUGAUUGUUGAAUUCUUUCGAAUCACCCCUACUCCUUGUAUGUUCGAUAACAACAAUGAUACUUUCUCCACUCAUGCAAGCAAUUUUGCGUAUGGCAACGAAUCGUGUGGCAUGCGUUGCACCGUUCAGGAUGGCCCAGAUUCUCCCCUACGACGUGGAUCCGUGAAUAAUAUAUAUGUCAUUCCCGCUCCCGACAAACUCUCAUUCGAUACCGUCACCAUACUGGCUGCGGCAUGCUGCAUCCCGGCCAUCUUAUCUCUUGUAUCCAUGUGGAACAAGAUUCUCGAGAUUAAUUGGAAGAGUAGAUAUGGGAAUAGAAACACCGAAUUGUUUGAUGAACCCAUUGAGGGUACCAAUGGUGCAACCCCCAAUAGUAUGAAACGAAUCAAUGAGGUCGCGAGGAUGUUCGUGAGCACCAUCGAAAUCCCGUUAUUUGGAGCCGCCGUGCUUACUAUUAUGAUUCUGGGUGAGCUGAAUUUUUUCAGCGCCCAAGUUAAUUAUCAAACCGAACCCAUCGCCAGUAUUGGUAUGCAAAUUUAGAGCCAUAGAAUAUGGAUUAUAGCUAACCACAUGUAGGUCAAUGGGCACCAAUCGUCGGUUCUGGGUUGGCCGUACUUGGCUCAUUGUAUAUUCUCUGGGCAACCGACGGCGAGGAAGAGAAGCAAAGAAUCAUGCGUAUGAAUGAAGCUGAGAUGCAACAAGCAACCGGUCCUCGUUCUACUUCUUCCAAUUCAGAUCUCCCAGCCACUCCAAAUUCGGAAUUACUACAUCCCGAAGAAUUACUACCUCCAAGUAGGCUUACAAGACUAGCAACUCCCGCAUCAACCUCAAGUGGCUGGAGGACCGAUGCAGGAAACCGGAAAAAGAUUGCCAAAACAUUAAACAAGAUAGGGACCUACAUUGGAACCGCCGCACCAGAUCGCUUCGACGACUCAGAAUUCAAACGUGGACUAUCCGCCAACUUCCCUGAAAUCCCAGGCGAGCCGAACCGAAAUCCUGGACUAAAUCGUAUCAGAGAGGCCUACAAUCCCGAACGCGACGCCGACGGGUUAGCUACAAGAUCACAUUCGAGAGCCGCCAGUCCCGCACCAUCUCAAAGGACCGUUCGAGGGAAUUCCUCCAUCGACGAACCACGGCCCGAGGGAGUCGAGCGUGGGAGAACACCUGUACAGAGGAGGAGGGCAACGUUGGAAGUUCCUCUGGCUUCACCUAUUCAUCAGAGCCAUACGAGGAAUUCGCCGUCUUGGAACUCGAUACCUUCUACUAUUACGGUGGAGAAUGCGGAUUGUCCCAGUUCGCCUACCAUUGUGGUUUCAACUGAGCCGGAUGAUGUGGAAUUGUCUUGAAUGCUGAUCGUACAGAGGCUCGAAGAGUGGAAUCUUAUAAUAUAUUUACGGCGAUAUAACACAUUGAUGGUAAUAUCCCUAUUUGUUCCAGCGCCAAGUCGGUACUUGGUACGCGUUAUCGGGCUGCUAGGACCGCAUGAGAAGAAACGUCGAUUCAAGAAAUUUGGAAGGAGGAUAUGAUGGAAGAACAUAGGAUCAAGGCAGAAGAAGAUGAAGCAAUCAUAUAGUCAGGAAUAACCGGACUUUCUUUACCAGGGGGUUUUUCGUGUUUUGGUAGAGAAAAGUACGAUGAUAAUAUCUAGGUACAUGCAUUUAGAUAGUUAGAGUAUUAGAUGUGAAGCUUUUAGCGCU